AUGCCAUUUUCAUCUUAUCACAGUUAUCAGCAACAAUCACAAACUUAUCACAAAAAUCAGCAGCAGCCACAAAAUGCGCCAUUUUCAUCUUAUCAAAGUUAUCAUCAACAGUCACAAACUGCGCCAUUCUCAUCUUAUCACAAUAAUCAGCAACGAUCACCAACUGCACCAUUUUCAUCUUAUCAAACUUAUCAUCAGCAAUCACAAACUGCGCCAUUCUCAUCUUAUCACAGCGAUCAUCAACAACAAUAUUCUUCCACUCAAUAUCAAAGCAGCAAUGGAACGAUACCUAACGAAAUACCUUAUAUUUCUGAUCCAAAAUCAUAUAUUCGAGCAUAUGCAACACAAACACCUGCUUAUACAGUAAUGGAUUCACCGCCACGAAAUGCAUUUUAUCAGACUGUUAACAGUGAUUAUCAACGAUAUCAGCCAAAUAGUAAUAUCAACAAAUCUUAUCAGUUUAUUAAGGAACUUCGAGAUCAAAGUUUAACAAAAACGCAACGUAUCGCAAAUCAAUUUCAACAAUCACAACUUCGUGAUUUACCAGCACCACAAAAUAUGGGAAAUAUUUAUGAACAAAGAGAACGCCUUGGCUGUGAUCAAAUUGAUUCAUUAAUUCGUGACAUGGAAUGGAAAUUAAAAACUGGAAUUGAAGAUAAGUGCUGUAAAUGUGGUGGAAGUAUCACAAAUGAACAACCAGGUUGUACAGCAAUUGGUGAAAUGUUUCAUAUAAAAUGUUUCACAUGCAAGGAAUGUGAUAAACAACUUGCUGGUGGCUCAUUUUAUAAUGUCGACGGUUGUCCACUUUGUGAGGAUGAUUAUAUGAAAUCAUUAGAGAAAUGUAACAGUUGCGGUAAACCGAUUACGGAAAAGUUGUUACGUGCAACCGGAGGUGCAUAUCAUCCGGAUUGUUUUGUUUGCACCGUUUGCAAAAAAUGCUUAGAUGGUGUUCCAUUUACCGUUGAUUCAACUAAUAAAGUACAUUGUGUUGUAUGUUUCCAUGAAAAAUUUGCUCCUCGAUGUGCGGUAUGCUCGAAACCAAUUAUACCUGAGGAAGGUCAAGAAGAAUCGGUACGAGUUGUUGCGAUGGAUAAAAGUUUUCAUGUUAAUUGUUAUCGAUGCGAAGAUUGUAAUAUGCAAUUAAGUUCAAAAAUUGAAGGACAAGGAUGUUAUCCGUUGGAUCAACAUUUGUACUGCAAAAAUUGCAAUGGUAAACGAUUGGUUGCAUUAUCAAAAGCAACUUAA